AUGACCUCCUGGUGCUGCUCCUCUAAACUGCAGGAGGCUCAUGUUCCCAUCCUUCAGCUCUGCUCAGGUGGGAACUUCUGGGACCAACCAGGUGGGAGGCAGGUCGGAGCAGAAGGGAGGGAGCGACUCUACGGGAACGCCACUGCCGUCCCGCUCCGCCUGGAAGCAGAACAGCUGAACAUCAUCAUCACAGGAGGCGAGGACCCUCAGUGCUCUGGAUUCACUACAAACAAUUCAGCUUCCUUCAACAAACUGCAGAUCCAGACGUUCAGAACCAACCAGGACCGGUCCGAUGCGGAGCAAAGCUGCUCCACAGCUUCACCACAGAGAGGCAGCCCACCGUCUGCCCUCCGUCUGCCCCCAUCUACUCACCGUCUGCCCUCCAUGUGCCCCGUCUGCCCCAUCUACCCAUCGUCUGCCCUCCGUCUGCCCCCUAUCUGCCUCCAUCUGCCCUCAUCUACCCACCGUCUGCCCUCCGUCUGCCCCCAUCUACUCACCGUCUGCCCUCCGUCUGCCCCCUAUCUGCCUCCAUCUGCCCUCAUCUACCCACCGUCUGCCCUCCGUCUGCCCCCUAUCUGCCUCCAUCUGCCCCCAUCUACCCACCGUCUGCCCCCAUCUACCCCCCGUCUGCCCUCCAUCUGCCCCGUCUGCCCCAUCUACCCACCGUCUGCCCCCUAUCUGCCUCCAUCUGCCCUCAUCUACCCACCGUCUGCCCUCCGUCUGCCCCCUAUCUGCCUCCAUCUGCCCCCAUCUACCCACCGUCUGCCCUCCGUCUGCCCUCAUCUACCCACCGUCUGCCCUCCGUCUGCCCCCAUCUACCCACCGUCUGCCCUCCGUCUGCCCCCUAUCUGCCUCCAUCUGCCCUCAUCUACCCACCGUCUGCCCUCCGUCUGCCCCCUAUCUGCCUCCAUCUGCCCCCAUCUACCAACCGUCUGCCCUCCGUCUGCCCUCAUCUACCCACCGUCUGCCCCCUAUCUGCCUCCAUCUGCCCCCAUCUACCCACCGUCUGCCCCCAUCUACCCCCCGUCUGCCCCCAUCUACCCACCGUCUGCCCCCUAUCUGCCUCCAUCUGCCCCCAUCUACCCACCGUCUGCCCCCAUCUACCCCCCGUCUGCCCCCAUCUACUCACCGUCUGCCCUCCAUCUACCCCCCGUCUGCCCUCCUUCUGCCCCCCGUCUGCCCUCCAUCUACCCCCCCUCUGCCCUCCUUCUGUCCCCCGUCUGCCCUCCAUCUACCCCCCUCUGCCCCCAUCUACCCACCGUCUGCCCUCCUUCUGCCCCCCGUCUGCCCUCCAUCUACCCCCCGUCUGCCCCCAUCUUCCCACCGUCUGCCCUCCAUCUACCCACCGUCUGCCCUCCUUCUGCCCCCCGUCUGCCCCCAUCUACCCCCCGUCUGCCCCCAUCUACUCACCGUCUGCCCUCCAUCUACCCCCCGUCUGCCCUCCUUCUGCCCCCCGUCUGCCCUCCAUCUACCCCCCCUCUGCCCUCCUUCUGUCCCCCGUCUGCCCUCCAUCUACCCCCCCUCUGCCCCCAUCUACCCACCGUCUGCCCUCCUUCUACCCACCGUCUGCCCUCCUUCUGCCCCCCGUCUGCCCCCAUCUACCCCCGUCUGCCCUCCAUCUACCCACCGUCUGCCCUCCUUCUGCCCCCCGUCUGCCCUCCAUCUACCCCCCGUCUGCCCCCAUCUUCCCACCGUCUGCCCUCCAUCUACCCCCCGUCUGCCCUCCUUCUGCCCCCCGUCUGCCCCCAUCUUCCCCCCGUCUGCCCCCAUCUACUCACCGUCUGCCCUCCUUCUGCCCCCCGUCUGCCCUCCUUCUACCCCCCGUCUGCCCUCCAUCUACCCCCCGUCUGCCCUCCUUCUGUCCCCCGUCUGCCCUCCUUCUGCCCCCCGUCUGCCCUCCAUCUACCCCCCCUCUGCCCUCCUUCUGUCCCCCGUCUGCCCUCCAUCUACCCCCCCUCUGCCCCCAUCUACCCACCGUCUGCCCUCCUUCUGCCCCCCGUCUGCCCUCCAUCUACCCCCCGUCUGCCCCCAUCUUCCCACCGUCUGCCCUCCAUCUACCCACCGUCUGCCCUCCUUCUGCCCCCCGUCUGCCCCCAUCUACCCCCGUCUGCCCUCCAUCUACCCACCGUCUGCCCUCCUUCUGCCCCCCGUCUGCCCCCAUCUACCCCACGUCUGCCCUCCAUCUACCCACCGUCUGCCCCCCAUCUGCCCUCCAUCUACCCCACGUCUGCCCCCAUCUACCCCCCAUCUGCCCCUAUCUACCCACUGUCUGCCCCCGUCUGCCCUCCAUCUGCCUCACCUGCCCUCCAUGUGCCCCAUCUACCCUCCAUCUACCCCCGUCUGCCCUUAAACAGCCCAAGAUCAAACAAAAACAGAGGAUCCCACAAAUGGCUGUGA